AUGGCUCGUCUCGCCAACGCUUUUGAUCUGUUGGGGGAGGACUCAUUCGACGUGAGGACAGUGGUUGCCAUCGUCGACGCGAAACAAGACGCUGCUGAUUUUCUAGCAGCAGAGAAGAAGAAGAAAGAAGAGGCCAAGGAAGCCGAGAGAAAGAGAGCGGAGCAGAGGCAGCGAUUGAAGAAGAAGAAGUUGCGAGAUGCUGUUGUCAACUCGGUUCUUGCCUUCCCCGCAUAUCGCCCUCCUUCUUCUUUCAGAAGACACCCAAGUUUUCCUCAAGUAUAUAAUGAUGAGCAAAAGCAAGGGCAAGGAGUUGUUCAUGCACCAAUUGUUAAGAAAAAGUGGGUGCCAAAGUCCGGGGAGAAUGGUGCAGCCCUAGCCGCUGUUAAUUCUAGCUCCUUGGAGUUGGAGAAGGAGAAGGAGAAGGGGAAGGAGACUGAAGCCUGCGAUGCUACUGUGGAAAAGAAACAAACAAAGGAGGGAGGAGUAGAUGGAGAGGAGAAAACAAAGGAGGAGGUGGGUAGUAAUAAUGGUGGAGAUGGCGGUAGCAGCAGCAAGAGUGUUGAUGGGAAUAGUAGGCAGAACAAAAAUGGAAGCUUGCGGAGAAAACUAAGGAAGCAGAAGAAGGCUGCUGAUGGAGGAGAGACGAAGGAGGCUGAGGACACCAAAGAAGGUGAUACUAGCAGUGUGCAAAACCAGUUCACUCCUCGUUCAUACACUUUGAAAGAAUAUGAGGAGAUGAAGAAGAGGGAGAGUUUAAAGAUCAAUGACAAUGACUCUUCCCACCAGCAGCAGCCUCAGCCGCCCAAGAAAGUGACUAUUGAUGUCAAUACAGAAUUCCGAACACCGCAGGAGAGACAAGGCCUUUUCGAUAAUGGAGGUCGGAGAUUUAACAAUGGAGGUCGGAGGUUCAACAAUGGAGGGCAGAGAUAUAACGGAGAGCGGAGGUUUAACAAUGAAGGUCGAAGAUUUGACAAUGGAGGACAGAGAUUUAACAAUGAAGGUCGAAGAUUUGACAAUGGAGGACAGAUAUUUAACAAUGAAGGCCGAAGAUUUGAUAAUGGACGGCAGAGGUCUAACAAAGAAGGCCAAAGAGGACUUGAAUUUAAUUUGAACGAUGCAGAAUUUCCUACCCUGGGAAGGAAUUAA